AUGCCUCUUCACCUACUCGGCAAGAAGUCAUGGAACGUCUACAAUCCCGAGAACAUUGCCCGUGUACGGCGUGACGAGGCUGAGGCCAAGGCUCGGGAGGAGGAAGAGGAACGUCGUAUGCAAGAAGUCGAUGCUGAGCGCAGGAUUCAGAUUCUCCGUGGCGAACGGCCCUCUACCCCACCACCCCCGCCGUCUGCUCCAUCAGAUACCCGACGAGACAAGACCCAUGGAGAGGAUGCUGGAAGAUAUAGAAAACGGAGGCGACUGGCAGGUGAAAAUGAUACGGAUCGCGAUAUCAGACUCGCGAGGGAAGAUGCUCAGUUGAUGCUGGCGAAAAGGGAGGAGCUUGCUGUGUCCAAGACCAGCGAUGCGCCGCUUUUAGACAGUACAGGGCAUAUCAAUCUAUUUCCUUCCGAGACAACGCGAAAACCAGCAGAAAAAAAUCAAGAGGCGGAGAAGGAGGCAGCUGACAAGAACCGGAGUUAUGAGGACCAAUACACGAUGCGCUUCUCAAAUGCGGCGGGGUAUCGACAGUCCGCUGGCCAAAUGCCUUGGUACUCUUCCUCCAGGCGUGAUGUUUUAGCGCCUGAUGCUAUGCCUGAAAAGGAUGUUUGGGGCAAUGAGGAUCCGAUGAGACAGGAGAGGGAGAGAGCCCGGCUGGAUGCCAGCGAUCCACUUGCGGCGAUAAAGAGGGGAGUUCGCCAGCUGAAGUCAGUCGAACUUGGACGGAAGAAGUGGAACCAGGAGAGAAAGAGAGAAUUGGAUGCACUGAAAGAGGCACAAAGACGAGGGUCACGUCAUCGCAGAAGAAGAUCAACGUCAAGAUCAAAAGGGUCGGACUCUGGGGAUAGUCUUGAAAACUUCAGCCUUGACGCACCUGACAAACGUCAGGACAAGAAAUCGAGGAGCUCACACCGACAUCGCUCGCAUCACCGCGAAAGAAAUCGUGAUCUUUCUCGCGAUCGUUCUCGCAAGCGACACGGUCACUCCCAUUCCCACUCCCAGUCCCAUUCGCGCCGUCAUCGUAAUCGCCAUGACCACGACCGAGGGGACGUUCGCGAGGCGCAGCCGCACAAACGCCAAGCGUGA